CAUUUCCCUUACCCUUUCCACCUCCCUCCUCUCGCCACUCCUCGCCGGCGGGAGACCUCCGCCGCCGAUCGCCGGCUGUCCAUCUCCCACCCUGUCCACCUCCAUCAUCAGCUUUAAUUCGUCGAUAUUUCUCCUUCAAGUCAACGCUACGCUACGCAACGCAGAUUCUUCAAUUGAAAUCCCUCGUUCCAAAUAUGAAUGCUUCGAACUUCGAUGAAAUAGCGAAAGUGAGGGAUUUCAAUUGAACGAGUGAAUUUGUGAGAUUUGUAAGGAUAUUGAGUUGAGCGAGUGAGUGAGUUGGAUGGCGGACUCGGACAACGACUCAGGAGGGACACACAACGCAGGGAACAAUGCGAACAGCAACGAGUUAUCGCCUCGGGAGCAAGACAGGUUCUUACCGAUAGCGAACGUGAGCAGGAUCAUGAAGAAGGCUUUGCCGGCGAACGCGAAGAUCUCGAAGGACGCCAAGGAGACGGUGCAGGAAUGCGUGUCGGAGUUCAUAAGCUUCAUCACCGGCGAGGCCUCCGAUAAGUGCCAGAGGGAGAAGCGCAAGACCAUCAAUGGCGACGACUUGCUCUGGGCCAUGACCACCUUGGGCUUCGAGGAGUACGUGGAUCCACUCAAGAUAUACCUUCAGCGAUUCAGGGAGAUGGAAGGGGAGAAGACCGUCGCCGCGCGUGAUAAGGAGGUCGGCGGUGCUUCUUCCGCCGCCGUUAACAGUGGGUACGAGUAUGGAGGUGGAGGUUCAAUGGGGAUGAUGGUGCAUCAGGGACACGUGUACGGUUCCGGUGGGUUUCAUCAAGUGGCUGUCACUGGUAAUAGUGCUGGUCCUGUUAUGGGUAAGGGUGGGCCCAGUUAUCCUGGUGCUGGAUCUAAUGCAGGUAGACCCAGAUAGAUAGAUGUGGUCUGCACAAAAAGUUUUAAUUUUAAUUUUUAAUUCUAAAUCAUAAAAUGCAAGACUAAUAGUUAAUUUGGGGGCACUAGGUAAUUAGACCGAAAAAAUAAAUAUGAAUUCUAAUAUUAAUGGUGAUUGGCAGGCACUCUCUUCAGAAGCCAAAAUUGGGUUAGUAUUUGAAACUGUUGUGUGAUAGAAAUAGUGCUUCUUUCCUUUUUGUACAAUAUGUAUUAUUUACGUCCAAAUUGUCAAAUAUUUAUUUUUCUUGCCUGGUGUAUAUUGAUAUGGGUUAAUUAUUUACUGAGGACGGUGAAGGGAGUAAAGAUAGGAU